AUGAUUCUAAUUGAUGGUGACAAGUACGCGUGUAUGGAAUGUGUAAGAGGACAUCGUUCAUCCUCAUGUAAGCAUCAUCAACGACCUUUACUACAGGUACGAUCAAAGGGAAGACCUGUUGAAUAUGCAAAUGGAAAUCCUAAUCAUAGAGUGGCGGUAUUUGCAGAAGAAAUAGCAAACAGUGAAGAGAUCUUGGACAAUGAUAAUAAAUCCAAGAAAUGUUCCACAGCACCAAUUGUAAUUCUCAAGGCAUCAAACAAGCAAGUUGUGGAUUUGAAAAGUGGUGAAAUUAUAGGUCCUUAUGAUGAAUCAAAAACUUCAAAAGUCACAACUACAAAACCAGUGCCGCAGCAACAACCCAUAAUUAAUCAUGAUAGUUUUAUAAAUACUUCUAGUUGUUGUACUCCUAAGAUUUCAAAGGGGAAAUCGUGUGAUUGUUGCAACAAUAAAAAACGUGCUGUCAAUAAAUCAAGGAUCCUUCAGAAUUAUAUAAAAAACAAAUUGAACAAUAAAGUUAAACAAGAUCAAAAAUUUGUAUUAGUUAAUGAAAUACCCAAAUCUAACGAAGCAAAAACAAAUGAAGCACAAGUGUACGGUGUGGUUCCAGUUGCUUCAUGUUCCAUUCCAGGCACAUGUUGUUGUGGAGAUGAUUGUUCAUGUGAAGGUUGUAUCGUUCAUGGAAAUAGCAAGCUUGGAACUAUUCCUAACACGCUAGCGGAAUCAAACCCUUCAGUCGAGUUUAUGGAUUAUGAUAUCAAUUCAUUCCCUCCAAAAGUUGAAGAGGGAAAUAUGGUGUUUAAUUCUUUGUCAUUCACUGAUAAUGGGGAAUUCCCUAAUAUUCUUCAUACUGCAGUUACUUCACUUCAAGAACAAUCAGAAUCAAGUAGUCCUGGAUCGCCCAAUACAUGUUCAUGUCCAUCGGAUUCUUGUGAUUGUACCAAUUGUGAAGUUCAUGGAAUUAUCAAUGGUUAUAAAUUAGAUGAUUAUUUUAAAGAUCAGUCUAAGCUUCUAAAUUCGAUUGAUUUUAAUUUUGCUGAUUUGCUAGCUCCUGCCUCUCAAUCACCAGUUUCUAUUCCACAACUACCCUCCCAGCAAAAAAUGUCAACCAUGCAAUCUAUACCGAUGGCUAUGCCCCAAGUGAAUCAACCACAAGUUAACAUUCUGAAUCCAUCAUCAAUGUCUCAAUAUAUUCCUCCUCCACAACCACUGCAAGUUACAAAUAAUCAAGGAAAUUUUGAAAUUUUUGACUAUAAUUUACAUAAUAGUCUAGCUACCACUAAUAACGGUAAUAUCAAUGGAGUAGAAAAUUAUAAUCCAAAUCCCCCAAGUAAAGGAUCAUGUUGUUCUAAAAAGAAUGGUAAUAAUCAAAACCUAAUAUGA